AUGCUAGCACAAUAUGCUCAGAGGAUCAAAGAUGCCCCGCGCGAGGUUAUCUUCAGUGGCAGUUUACUCUUGUCAUGCGCAAUGUACGCGACCGCGGCGAUCCCUUUAACAUGGGAUCAAGGAUCGGCGUCCACGUUACCUUCUCUUUUGGGCUUCCAGGAACAGUUCGGUAUCAGCUCUAAACUCGGUGCGCAUUCGACCAAGAACUUUGUCUCUCUCGUCUACAUCGGUGAUGCAGCCGGUGCAGCUCUAUCGUUCUUCAUAAACGACCGUAUCGGACGUCUCUGGUCUUACCGUCUUUACACCAGUGUCUGGAUAGUUGGGCAACUGAUUGCCAUUUUCAGCCCUGGAAAAGCGGCAUUAUACGCCUCUCGAAUCAUUUCUGGGUUAGGAAUUGGCUCUCUGAGUGUCAUCGGCUCGGUCUCUAUUGUCGAACUAGCCCCCACCGAAAUCCGAGGGUUGCUGACUGCAUGGUAUUCUGUGUUUAUGGUGAUGGCAUUGAUGCUUGCUACAUUUUGCGUGUACGGGGUGCAACUACACAUGGAAGCAAAUCGACUGCAGUAUCAGGUCGUGAUGUUCUCGCCUUGUGUAUUCAUGGCGCUGUGGCUUGUGGCCAGCUUCUUCCUCUCCGAAUCGCCUCGCUGGUUACUUUUGAGGAACCGAGAUCAAGAGGCAGAGAAGACUCUUGUUAGACUUCGUUGUUUGCCACUUGAACACGAUCGCGUUCAACAAGAGCUCCGAAGUAUAAAAGACUCCAUCCGGUCGGAGACUGAAGCCUGCGAUCACGAUGAUCAUUCACCAUCUAAGAUUGUCAGUAUCGCAAAAGAGACAUUUACAGUGCCGUCGAACUUGCGCCGUGUUCAACAAGCCCUGAUUCUUUACGCGUUCCCACAAUUUUCGGGCGGAAACUCCAUAACCAAUUACUUUAUCCCUAUUCUUGAGGUCAUUGGCGUCGCUGGAAGUUCCACACGGAACCUUUUCCUCAAUGGAAUGUAUGCUAUGUCAAAGUUCUUCUUCGGCUUACUUGCAUCCUUUGUUUUCAUCGAUGCUCUGGGGCGCCGGAACACACUUUUCACUGGCAUAACCCUUCAACUGCUCUCCGAUAUUUAUCUUGCAGUAUAUAUUAAAGUGCAAAAUGAUGGCUCCCCGCCUCGUGCUGCAGGCGAGGCAGCGCUUGCAUCCAUCUUCAUCCAUUCGUUGGGAUAUACUAUCGGCCUUCUCACUCUUCCAUACGUAUUUGGCGGAGAGUUAUGGCCCAACCGAAUCAGGUCCUUUGGUGCUUCGCUGUCACAGACCUUUCACUGGCUGUUUCAUUAUGCUAUGAGCUACGCCUUACCAUCCUUGUUAACGAGAACGGAUAACUGGGGUGCUUUCAUCUUCUUCGCAUCCUGGUGUUUCGCUGCUCUUAUCUACGUGUAUCUCCUUGUACCAGAGAUCGCGGGGCUCAGCGUGGAAGACAUCGAUCGCGUGUUUAAUGGGCCAUGGCGGGUUUUCAGUAGGAAACCAAGGUCCCACGAAGAGCCUUCAGCCAUUGAAGGGCAGGAUUUUGAUAAUAAGUUGUAA